ACGUGCAUUAUUCGAAACAAGAUUAUGACAUUUGAAUCACGCUGUCAACAAAUUAGAUUUGACAUUAGAUGAUGGAACUAAACAGAUCAAUAUACAGCCACGUCUGGAACCAUAACAGAAGCGAAGUCGCGGUCUCGGUCAACAAUCGGGUCGAAGUAUUCAAACAUGACGGUGACGAAUGGGACUUGCUCGAUGUUUUAGACAAACACGACUUACGAGUGACUGGUGUCGAUUGGUCUCCGAUAUCCAACAGGAUUGUAAGCUGUGCCGCCGACAGAAAUGCAUACGUGUGGACCCAAGACGGGGAUGGUAAAUGGAAACAUACCCAAGUACAUUUGCGCAUUAAUCAUGGAGCCACUUGCGUUAAAUGGUCCCCGCACGGGAAUAAAUUCGCCGUUGGUUCCGGAUCGAAGAUAAUAUCUGUAUGUUAUAGCAAUGAAAUUAGCGAUUGGUGGGAGGCGAUGCACAUCAAAAAAUCUAUUAGAUCUACCGUAACCUCCGUUGACUGGCAUCCUAACAAUAUUUUACUAGCUUGUGGCUCAACCGAUUACAAGGCAAGGAUCUUCUGCGCUUACAUUAAAGAUAUUGAAGAAACACCAGAAUCAACAGCUUGGGGAGACAAAAUCCAGUUUGGCCAAUUGGUGGCUCAGUUCGUUUACGAAACGGAUUGUGGAGGCUGGGUGCACAAUGUCAGUUUUUCGCCAGACGGCAACAAACUUUGUUGGGUUUCCCACGAUUCCACAGUCAACUUGGCAGAAGCAACGAAAGGAAACGUUGCCGUUAAGUUUAAAACUAAAUAUCUGCCAUUCUUGAGCUGCAAAUGGAUCUCUAAUGUGUGUAUGGCUGUGGCGGGACACGAUUGUAAACUUGUUUUUUAUGAGGUUAAUGACGACGGGAAAUUGGUAGAAAAAGAGUGUUCUUUGAAUUUAAAUAUUCCAAAGUUAAAUGACGAAAAGAGUUUAUCGGCAAUGAAGAAGUUUCAAAUGUGGGAUAAACAGGGUACAGAAGAUGUUCAGAUUGGUCGAUUGGACUCCGAACAUCAAAAGGCUGUAACAACAAUUUGUGUUCAUUCCAAGAAAGAGUCUGGCGUUUCUAAAAUCAGUUCUUCAGGUCUCGAUGGGCGACUGAUCAUCUGGAAUUUGAAUUGUCCUAAAUAAUUGAAUUAAAUAUAAAUAAAAUUAUCCUACUGUUUCUAAAAUUUUUUUAAUAUAGGAAAAAAUUCCCUGAUAAAUAUAAUUAUAACAUAUUUAAAUGUAUAAUUUGUGUAUUGCAGAUA